AUGGUGGAUAUCGCGACCUGCAGCUCGCAGUUCGGGAGUCCAGCGGCCACAGGGCCUUCGGCACUUACGUCGGAAACGCGUUGCCUCUUGAUCUCGAACGAGAUCAAGAGGGAACGCGUUUCCGACGUAAGUGCCGACGACGAUCUCGGAUGUCGAAACACAUUGGAGUGGGCCAAGAAAGAUGCCGAGUCAGUGCUUCGUGUGCCGAAUGAGAACGUCGACCCGUUGCUCCACAAGGCGGCCGCACAGGGCAACUCCGAUAUGCUGCAGCGCUUCAAACAAAAUCGUGCGAAUGUGAACCUCCAGGAAAAGACUACUGAGCGCACAGCCCUGCACGAGGUGAUGGACCAGGGCCAUUUUUGCGCAUCAUGGGCCCUGAUCUCAGCGGAAGCUCGACAAGACUUACCGUACGUCUUGUCGUGCGUCUCCAUGUCAUGGACACGCACCUCGCCAUGGUUGGGUGUGAAGGAACUUCGAUCGGCCAAAGAGAAUUUCCAGCGCAUUGUGGAACAGCGGUGGAAGAACGGCCACACUUCCGUCGUAAGGCAUCUGCUGAUCUUCACUUGCAGGCACUUGGCUGAAGGAGGAGGUGAGCAGCAAGAAUGCCAUGUCGAGUUUCUCGUCCACAAUAUGGCGACAAAGCAUGAGAUCGCCAACGACGUUCCUGCUGCUUUUCGUUUCCUGGAGCAGCAGGAGGCUGCGUGGAGGUGCGCCUCCAUGCUGUCGCAGUCCUUGGGCGUGGCGGAGCUACGAUGCGCCAUCGAGGAGCUCGAUGAGGAGGUUCAAGAAAUGAUUCAAGAAAAGCUCAGGAACAGCUUGGAGAUCGUCUCUGCGGCCUACGACGGUAAUGCGCAGAAGGUCGUCGAACUAUUGUGCAACUGGGCGAAUCCCAACAGUGCCAACCACAACGGGAAACAUGCGCUCCACUGCGCACUGGCUCAUGGCCACACCGCUAUGGCCGACAUUUGGCUGAAGGAGAGUCACGACAAGACUGCUUUCGACGUCGCUCUGGAAGUUGCAGCCUGCAACUUCCAAAGCGACGUCCAAAGCAUUCUUGUCGUGACUCUCCUUCAGCCAGAUGACUACAGAAACAAUGCAGGCUUGACGCUGCUGAUGUUGUUGCUGAGGCAUGGGCAAAUUCGGGACCUCAUCAAGCGGUUUGCCUAUGUCGAUGACUACAAGUCCGUCCCUGCAGUUUUGAAGGGCCGGAUCGAGCUUGACCUUGGUGGCUACGGGCUGGGCUACCGUGGCAUGUGCCGGUUCAGGUCCGGACCAAUUUUUAUGCAGCCUGUCAUGAAAGGCUUUGACUAUGACCACAAGUUCUGCGCAGACGCCAUGGGAAACGCUUGCUCGGAUGGUUGCUUCGGCAUGUUGGGCAGCAAAAAGGUUUCGCAGCUCAAGGCCUGCAAGCAGGACCUCAAGAAGUUCAUUGACAGCAAGAACUGUCAUCCGAUCAUGGUGCGCUUGGCUUGGCAUGACUCCGGAACCUACGAUCAGCGCAUCAAGGACUUCCCUGAGCGAGGUGGCGCCAAUGGUGCGAUCAGGUUUGACGGCGAGAUGAACUUCGGUGCCAAUGCCGGCCUGGACAAGGCAAAGGGCUUUCUCGAUGAGUUUGCGAAAAAGUACCCCGAGAUUUCCUGGGCUGACCUGAUCCAGAUGGCGUCUGCCGUUGCCAUCGAAUGUGCCGGUGGCCCUGCCAUUGACAUGAAGUACGGCCGAGUGGCAGUAUGUUGCAACAACGACUGCGUGAAAUCAGAUUCGAGGGAGGGCUUCGGAGGCAAUGCAGGGCUUCCCGACGCCAAGCCUCCCUUUGGCUGCGGGGCGCCGACGGCUGCACAGCAUCUUCGCAAUGUAUUCACGAAGAAGAUGGGCUUCACAGAUCAGGAAAUCGUGGCACUGUCUGGCGCCCACACCAUCGGCCGCGCUUUCAAGGAGCGCAGUGGCACCUGCCCUUUCGGCUAUGGUGAGCAGUCCGCAUCGAAGUACACCAAGUCCGAUUGCAUAGCACGGAAGGAUGGCAGCAAAGGUGUUGGAAUGGUUGGCGGUGCUGCUUGGACGAAGAACUGGCUGACAUUCGACAACAGCUAUUUCAAGGACUACAAGCUUUCCGACCAGAACCUGCUUUGGUUCCCAACGGACGAGGCUCUUCACACAGAUCCCGAGUUCAAGAAGUACUUCGAGCUCUAUGCUAAGGACCAGGAUGCCUUCUUCAAGGACUAUGCCAAGGCCCACAAGAAGCUGAGUGAACUGGGCGCCAAGUUUGCUUGGACUCUCGAUACCGACGGUUACUUCCCAACGGACAUCCUCUCCGAUCCCUUGGAGCGGAUGUGGCGCGAAGACCGCGUGAAUUUCCAACCCGUCUUCACAACCCUCGACGAGCUUCUUCAAUUUGCAAACAAGCACAAGCACCACUUCUUCAGCCUGGUUGAACGGGUCGCGAAAGAGACUGGGGCCACUUACUUUCUUCAAUCUCCAUUUGAAAGGCCAAGAUCAAGCUCCAUUGGAUGGUGGAUAUCGCGAGCUGCAGCUCACAGUUCGGGAGGUGGUUUAAUCUGCCAGCUUCAAUUGACCACGAAAUACAUGCUCUUCACGAAGGAAUCCAGCGGCCACAGGGCCUUCGAGUGA